AUGAGUAUGGAAAACCCGCAACAUAACCUCAAUGAAGACGCGGAUAAGACCAAGUACCAUUGUGCGCACUGUGACCAGCCGGAGAAUGACGAGUUGCAAAUGGUUUUCUGCGAUCAUUGCCAGAACGGCUACCAUUACAGCUGCGUCGACGGUCCCACGACGGAAAAUGACGAUGAAGAGUGGAUGUGCCCCCUGUGUCGAAAAUCCGAUACCGACCAUCCUGAUCCGGAAGAUGAAGAGAUUGCGGCAGCAAUAAAAGCAGUAGAGCUGGAGAGGGAACGCCAGCGGAACCGUCAGGCCCAGAAAUUGAAACUGGCCCAGAUGCAGAUGGAACUCGAAAAAGAGAAGCUGGAAAUGCAAUGGGACACUGAGAAGAAGAUUCUUGAGAUGAAGAUCAAGGCGGAAACUGACUUCAUUCGGAAUCACAAGGCCGAACGUAAGGAGUUACAAAAGGAAUUGAAAAAGUUGACCAAACAACGACUGCGGAAGGAGAAAAGUGCGAAUAAAUCCGGAACCGUCGGGAAGAAAGAGGAAACGUCAAACCCUACAGAGUUCCGCGACGGGAACGUUAGUAAUUCAACUCCAAUUCUGCAAGCUGGUGCUUCAGAAACGCAGAUCAGGAAAAAGAAAUUUAAGCAGGGAUCGGUAGUCUUCGGGGAAAAAAGUAAAACCUCAGUGGGGGAAAAUAGCAGCUUCGAGGCCGAAUCUGAAGACGGCAGUAGCGCCGAAUUAUCAGAUGAUAGCAGCAGUACCGAAUCGUCUGAGAACAGCAGUAGCACCGAAUCUGAGUCCGAAGAAAAGGGGUCCAAAAAGAAGAAGAGUGUUAGAGCAGGUCCAAAGGCGCAGAUGACCGCUCGUCAAUUCUUGUCUCGAAAGCUUCCCACGUUCACCGGCCGCCCGGAGGAAUGGCCCAUAUUUAUCAGCAGUUAUCAAACAUCGACAAUAGCGUGUGGAUUUUCGAACUUGGAAAAUCUUGCCCGUCUUCAGGAGUGCUUGAAGGGUGCUGCCAGAGAUGCGGUCAGCAGUCGUCUCCUGUUGCCGGAUGCCGUGCCUCAAGUAAUGGAGACGCUGCGUAUGUUGUACGGACGUCCCGAGCAGCUUUUAAAUACGCUUUUAAUGAAAGUGCGGAAGGCUGAUCCACCGAAAUCGGACAAGCUGUCGUCGUUCAUCACCUACGGGGUUCUCGUCCAACAGCUCUGCGACCACCUCGAAGCUUCGAAAUUGAUGGACCACUUAGUGAACCCGAUGCUAAUUCGGGAACUAGUGGAUAAGCUGCCAGCGAGCACGAAAAUUUACUGGGUACGGUAUAAACGGCAAGUGACAUCGGUGACGCUGAGGACAUUGGCAGAUUUUCUGUCCGAUUUAGUUUCCGCUGCAAGCGAAGUGGUUAACUACUCGGAAAUGUCACCACAGGUCAGUGGUGGUAAAACGGGAAAGCCAAAGAGCAACAAGGGCAAAGAGCAAGAGAGUUACGUUUACACGCAUAGUGGGUCUGAAGUUGCCGCUCAAAACAAAAAACCGGAACGUACACCGUGUGCGAUGUGUGGAGAAACCAAUCAUCGAUUGCGGAAUUGUGAUAACUUUCGCAAACUCAGCGUACCACAACGGUGGGAAGCGGUUAACAAAUGGGAGCUGUGUCCAAUAUGCCUCAAUGCUCACGGAAAAGCGAAGUGUAAGCUGAAUAUUCGCUGUACCGCAGAAGGUUGCUCGGAACGCCACAAUAGACUACUGCAUCCUGCCGAGUUUCAGUCAAGUUGUAACACCCACAGCGCUUUAUCCAAGGAUUCGAUCCUGUUUAGAAUGGUGCCGGCCAUGAGUUUCGCUGACGUAGCCGGAAAGUAUCGUCAUCUGGAAGGGUUGCCAGUGACCGAUUACGCUGCAUCUGCACCAUUGCUUCUGAUUGGACUCAAACAUAUCGAGCUUUUCGCCCCGUUGGAAUCCCGCGUCGGUCAACCAGGCGAACCGAUUGCCGUGCGCUCUAAACUUGGUUGGACGAUCUACGGACCGCAAGACUCAACGCAAGGUGAGGGAUUUCUAGCACAACACUCGUGUGCUGGAUUAUCGAAUGCAGAGCUACACGAUCUUCUCAAGUCACAGUACACAGUCGAAGAAAAGGGCUUCUCGGCGGAUUUGAUGCCGGAAUCAGACGAUGAUCGAAAAGCUCGGGAAAUGCUGGAGGAGAAAACUGUUCGCGUCGGCGAUAGGUUCAUGACUGGACUGCUGUUCAAGGAAGACAACCCAACGUUUCCGGACAGCCUACCCAUGGCGCUGCGGCGCAUGAAGAGCCUGGAGAAGAAAAUGUCGAAAACCCUAAGCUACUGUCAUAGAGCAACGAAGGAGGAACUGGCAUCUGUAAUCCCUGGCAAGGUUUGGUACUUGCCGUUAAACGUUGUUGUCAAUCCGAAAAAAGACAAGGUUCGCUUGGUAUUGGACGCGGCGGCCGAAGUGAAUGGUGUGUCGCUCAACUCCAAGCUCCUGAAAGGGCCGGACUACUUGGCCUCUCUACCAUCCGUGAUCGCCAAAUCUCGGGAGUUUCUCAACGGAUUUGGAGGUGACAUCCGUGAGAUGUUUCACCAGCUCAAAGUUCGACCGGAGGACAGACUGGCGCAACUGUUUGUAUUUGGAAACGAAAUCUACGUGAUGGAUUGUGUCAUUUUUGGAGCCACCUGCUCUCCUAGUAUGGCAAUGUUCGUGAAAGACAAGAAUGCUCGGGACUACGCUGAACAGUUCCCAGAAGCUUAUGAUGCAAUCGUCCACAAGCACUAUGUGGACGAUUACUUCGACAGUACGAACACUGUCGAAAAGGCUGUCCAGCGGGCAAGCGAGGUAAGAUUCGUUCACUCUAAAGGCGGUUUCGAAAUCAGAGGCUGGGUGUCAAAUUCUCUGGAAUUCCUGGAACGCAUGGGUGAAACGGAGAAGAAACAAGCAAUUCAUCUCGACUCGGCUAAUCCGGAACGCGUUUUGGGGAUAGUGUGGAACACAAAGGACGACGUCUUCGCAUUUACAACCAAGAUGCGCGACUCGUUAAUGCCAUACCUGUACGAUCCCUACGAAACGCGUAGUGCUUAG